AUGGCCAUUAAUGGAAACCGUUUACAUGUGCCAACAUCUGAUGAGCAUAGUAUACACUCCGAGACUGAAACCUACACAGAAAAGGCUAAACAGAUUACAGCCCAAAUCAAAGACGAUAAACAAGAAUGUCAACAUAUAAUAUCGACAUAUGCAGCGGAUCCAAAUGAAAUUCUUCACUUAAUUGGUCGAUGGACACAACAGGAAAUUGAAGAAUAUCGAGGUAAUAAAUCCAUCUUUAAGAAUACUAUGAAAGAAAAGUGGCUCAACAAUGAACUGGCCAAUUCAAAAACAGACGCUAACAAUAGUAAGAUGAAACUAAUUUUGUCAAAUUAUGAAAAAUUGCAAACUGAUGUGCAAGCCACAUUAUCAAUCGAGAAUUUGAAUAAACUAAAUAAUUUGUUCAAUAACAACAACGACGACGCAGAAGAAGAAAAGCGAACAAAGUUAAAUGAGUUCAUCGACCAACUAUUAGAAAUAAUAUCGCUUUUAGAAUCAAUCCACGAUUAUAAGUACAGCAGUAACAACGUAAUAACAACAGCAGAGCAAGAAGAAGACAAACAAUCACCAUGUCAUUUAUCCAACACGAAACAACGUUUAUUACAUUUAAAGCAAUUGAAUCAAAAAGAGUUUCAUACAGUAUGCGUAUUCGGGUUAGAAAAAUGUGGCAAAUCGACAUUUAUCAAUGCACUUUUAGGAUAUAAAUUUCUGCCCGAUGCUAUUACACGUUGUACACAAAUAAAAACUAUAAUAAAGCCAAUAGCGCCCUUAAAAGAAAAUGUAUUUGCUUUGAUUGAAUAUUAUAACGAUGAAGAAUUCAAAAGAUUAUAUGCAACAAUGGCAAGAAAAGCCGAUGAAUCAGCUCAACAAUUUCAACAAUAA